CAGUAUGAAUGCCUCUUCUCUGGCAAAUCCGAAAAGCGGUUUCAGGACAUGUGUUGCCAUUUCAAGGCUUUCAUCAUUCACGCUCUCCAUAAACUCGAAUUUCGAUCUCAGUCCGUUGAAGGCGUUAUAAACAAUAUGCUGUUCCUCUCAGGCUCUCCGAUUCGUGAUUCCCCCUACAUCUCUUCCAUGGAAGCGGGACGCCCCCACCACCAACUUGAACAUCAUCUUGUAUGUCUCUACGCAAGCCUCAUCGCACUCGGCGUGGAGACACUUGGCUUGGAGCUCUCGCGCAAGAAGAAUCAGAUCUGCACCCCUGGGCGGCUGAAGGACUGACGACCUGGUGCGGCCUUGUAUACACGGAAGCGGAGGGUGGUUUGGUGAGGUGUGGCAUGGCGUGGAAAUGCGGUCCACCAAGUCGAUAGAGGCACUGGGGCAGUAGAGGAAUUAAGAAUGGGCACCUGGAGGAGUUUCGCUAGGUCUGAAAGGCGUAGCGAGAUCUAUGGUUCGUGCCCAGGGGUUAUUAUAUAAGAGGGGGGAGGUCAUGGUGACAUCGGAACCAAUCAGCUCACUUGCUGAUCUUUCCUCAACAAGCCUCCCGGAAAGUUCCUUAGGGAAUGCGCACGUACUAUCAUGCAACGAUGAAGUCAUAACAGAGAAUCCAAUUCAUGGUAGUGAAAUCGACAUUCUUUUUCAACGAUGUGAAGGGGUAUUUCCUCUGACUCCGGCGCGCACCUUCCAUUUUUCGGCGACGGUGAGCGUGACACAUAUAUCCGGGUUGCCUCUCGUUUUAUGGAAGAAUGCCUUCCGGGUGACAAUAAUGCUCCUGGGUCGGUUCGACUCUGAUAUGAUGUCAUUUUCUAUGAUUCAUUUGAGCUCCGAGAGAAGCUCAAGAGGAAUUGCGCGUAAUCCCAAUUUUGGAACAGUGAUCUUCAACUAUCGAGCCUUUAUCGAUCGUUGUUUCCUUUCACCCCAUCCUCAUCACCUUUUUACCAACUAUACGACCAUCUCUCUGAUCCUGUCCGGGUCUUCACCGUUUCCAGCGAUUGUUCUGGACACGAUUCCGUUGAAUGGGGUGAUGAGGCGACUAAUUACGAUUCCCAAUUUAAUGAUCCCGAUGUUCGCAAUGGUGUUGUGACAUACGUGGCGCUUCUCCACCGAUGGCCGUUAUGCAGCCCUCGGUUUUGGUAACAGUAUUAUCGAGGGAAACGCAAGUCCCAAGCCAUGG